UGCCAGUGGUCACCCUCGUCCCUGAACCCUAGACAUCAAUAGAGGCGCAACAACUAGGAGUAAAAGAAAGAUAAGAUCGCAGACGCAGAAUAGAACAAAAGAGUUGGGAGAUUCAGAAAUGAAGGUGAGGUCGUCAGUAAAGAAAAUGUGUGAAUUCUGUAGAACAGUGAAGCGUCGUGGCAGAGUAUUUGUUUUGUGCUCAGCAAAUCCCAAGCAUAAACAGAGGCAAGGCCUUUCAACAAUUUCUUUCGAGGAAGGUCCACUUACAUCCAGAAUAUCAGAAAUGCAGAUGACUAGAAGCAGUUAUCAAGCCAAGGAUGCUCCAAACUAUGGCGGUAUUGGAGGCGGGUUGGCAUCUCUACUAGUCGAGAGGAAGGUGCCGGCACUAUUUGCUGGAUGGAGAGUCAGCCUCGCCUCUCUUCUUCAGACACGUGCCAAGUGAUGAUAAUAUUCAUAGACUGAAAAUGGUAAUCUUUGCUUCCAGAAGAAAUUAUAAGUGCUCAUUGGGUAACUUAUGAUCAGUCUUCUUGCAUAAAAUUUCAUCUUUUUCUAUAAAGCAUGGGGAUAUUGAAUAAUGGGGUCUAAACUUUGUAGGAGCAUCCAUUUUUUGUGUUGCUAGGUUCAUACCUGCCUUCUGCAAGAUGUUUUCUUUUCAGGGAUCA